AACCAGACGCGUCGCCAGGCCAAGAACACAGAAUCACUGGCUCAGUUUCAGCUCAUUUCAUUUCUUUUCUUGCUAAUGACAGUGAAAAGGACACCUUGGGUUUGUUUCACGUUACUCAAUUCCAGGAUAUAGACGUGGGGACCACUGACCCCUUACACCAUGGAAAAUGAUUUGGGGGUUUUUUCUUACCCUGUUGAAGUAGCUGUCUUAAUGGUCUCAGGCUCCACUGGGGAGAAUUUCAAAGGACAGUUCCUGAGCCUGAAGAUGCAGGCCAUCUCCCCCUGCCGACCGCCGACAGCAUCUGCUCUCGGUCUACAGACUGCAUCUCUGGGUUUGCAUUCCUAUAUCUGUGUCUUUUAAAGAAAAGAGAGAGACAAACGCUUCCUUAGCGUCCGACGCACAUCCUGCACUUCUCAGCAGCGCGUACAUGCGACGCACAUGAGUCAGAAGAUGGACAAGAAAAAGGAGAACGGCUUUUCCUUAAAGAGCUCUCAGGCCGGCGGCACCAGGAAGCAGCUGCCCUACACUGUGGAGACACCCUAUGGGUACCAGCUGGACCUGGACUUCCUCAAAUACGUGGAGGACAUAGAGAGGGGCAAGACCAUUAAAAAGAUCCACAUACAUCGGAGAAACAAGGGGCCCAAGUUCAGCACACUGCCCCGUAACUUCAGCCUUCCUGCCACUAGCUACCAGUCUGGCUCCCAGCAUGAUGUGUGGGCAUCCUCCACCUGCCUUGGGUCCGGUGGCAGGACCAAGGUUAUGGAGGUCCAGCAGCUCUUUGACUUCCAGGCUUCUGACAGCAGAUCUGCAGCCUUCCCAAAGGCAGGAAGGACUGGGCACGCUUCCAGGAAGCCAAUGGAUGAUGCCAGCAUCAGAGCCUUUGAUGAGCAGCCCCCGGGCAUUCCCGUAAGACCACACCUGCUGAGAGCAUCCAGCAUGCCUGCUACUGUCCUUCAGAGAAAGAACUCGGAGCUGGAUGAUCAAGAGCUCCAGGCUGCCUGGGAGCCCAGUGAGGAAAACAGCUCCUCCGAGAAUGUGUUUUGCUCCAGCACUGCAGGAGACGGCAGGAGUCCUUCGCAGCAGGUUAACGUUAAACUUCAGCAGCUACACAUAGCCCUGAAAAGGAUCAGAGAACUUGAGGAAGAAGUCCAAACCAUCCCUGAACUGAAAGCCCAGAUCCGUGCGCUUAAAGAAGAGAACGAUCAGUGCCUUCUGACACUCUCCCAGAAGAUGCCACGUGUGACACCCGAUUCCCAAAAACGGGCUGCUGAGGCUAGCAAGGCGUCCAGCGGGACAGGCAGCGUUGUAGCACAAUUGGUUUCUCCUUCAGCAUUCCAGGAAACUGAUCACCAAUGUUCAGAAUCCACGCAGCAGGUACAAGACCAUCACGAGACAUCGUGUAAGGAUUCUUCAGCAGAAGCAGCAAAGCUAUUAGACGCAAGAGUAGAAACCCAAGCAGAACAGCGGGAAGAAGCAGGAGACACGGUUAAGUUACAGGAAGCGACUGCAGCUGUGAAACUGGGCGGCAACAUGGACCUGUUCACUACAGCAUCACUGCAGGCAAAACUUGUAGCUCUUGAGCUGAAGUUUGCCGAAUCCAGCAUGGAGCUUCAGAGAGUCAAUGCUCUAUUAAGGGAUCAAAUGGAGGAGAACAGGCUGAUGAAAGAGCGGCUAAAGCAGAAAGAGGAGAAGAAGCUGGAGAAAGAAGAACGAGACCAGAAAUCGGGCGACUCUGUGGAGACAAAGCUGCCGUCAGAUUAUUUUCACACCAGUGAGGCACCAAGGAGCACAAAUGUAGAAUGUGAGGCUACAUCUGAAAAAAGGGCUUCCAUUGAGGUAGAGGCUUGCUUGGGUGAAAGCUCUAACAAGCAGCUCGAAGACCUGAAGACGACCAGCACACAGACAGACCCAACCAAAACUCAAGAUGCAGGUGUACUGGUGAAUGUUGCCACGGCUGAGAAACUUGUGGAAGCCACCGUUGCCAUGUGUGACAUAGCAGUCAACACGGAUUCUGGGGGGAAAUCAUCAAGUGGGCUUGCUGCAGAAGACGUGAGGUCAGAGGCAGUGGAGGCGGCCCCUCUGGAAGCUGCAUCUCAGCCUGAGGCGAACCCAGAGUGUGCGAGCAAAGAUCAUGAAGAGGAGGCCCAACCUCAGGGAGAGAGUGAAGCGGAGGCCGUGGAAGCCACCAUCAGCCAAUACCUCAGCAAGAUGCAGGAACUCCUGGAGGAGCAAUGGGCCUGCCUGCCCAGUGGGCCCUCAGAAAGCAUCCCCAAAGACCUGACCUCAAAAAUCAGCUCCAUCCACACCGAGCUCGUCAGCACAGUCAGUGCCCUCUCCUCCAUCUGCUGUACGUCAGAACAGACUGCAGCACCCACAAAGGACGGAGCCCUCAGGUCGAUAAUGAAGAAGAAGAGCAGCGCCGAGCGUCUGGGGAACAGGGGCACCAAGAAGAACCUGAAGUUCGUUGGCGUCAAUGGGGGGUAUGAGACGACGUCCAGCGAGGAUUCAAGCGAGGAGGACAAUGCGGAGGUGGACGUCUUCGAGUCUGAGGAGCAGAAAGAGAUUGGUGAUAAACAGGAGGAGGUCAGCAAGACAAUGGAGCCCGACAAUGCCAUUACUCCCCCAGGACCCGACACGGGCUCCCAGACAAAGCAAGCGGGCCGAAAAGUGAUGGAUGAGAAGUUCCUGGCAGCUUGUCGUCGCCUGACUGACCACCUGGAAGAGCUGGACUCCCCUGACGAAGAAAUGAGGGAAGUCCUGGCCACACUGUACAAGGAGUGGUUCCGCGUGUCCAGCCGCAGGGCGUCACGGGCAGACACAGUGGCCCUGUACCUAGGCCAGAUUGGGGGGGCCACGCCCUCGCUGCUCCGCGUCAUCGUCAACCUGGCCGACGGGAACGGGAACACCGCCCUGCAUUACAGUGUAUCCCACGGAAACUUCCACAUCGUCAAGCUACUGCUGGACACAGGCCUGUGCGAGGUGAACCAGCAGAACGAGGCGGGCUACUCCGCCAUCAUGCUGGCCGCACUGGCUGUAGCCGACCUCCCCGAGGACGUGGGCGUGGCCAUGCAGCUGAUGGGACUGGGUGACGUCAACGCCCGCGCCGGCCAGGGAGGACAGACAGCACUCAUGCUGGCAGCGAGUCAUGGGCGCGUGGCCAUGGUACGCCCCCUGCUGGACUGUGGGGCAGACCCCAGCAUGCGUGACCACAGCGGUGCCACUGCCCUCAUGUGUGCCUGCGAGCAGGGGCACACGGACGUCGCCCGCGUGCUGCUGGAGUGUGCCCACUGUGAUGUGGGAGUCACCGACGAUGACGGCAACACUGCUCUCUCUUUGGCCACAAAGGCGUCCCACUCAGAGAUUGUUGACCUUCUGCGAUCCCACACAGUCAGCGAGGCCCUGGACACCAGCGUGCCCCACUGAACAGUCAUCUCAUUUUUACCCCAUGGGAUAACAAGGCCUCCAUUCAGAUCACAUGGCACCCAAGGCCAGCAUCCCUAACCAUUAAAAAAACACAAAUAUCUGUGGACAUUCUGCUUCAGUAAUGUCCAUCGGCUGUUGUCCAAUGAGAAACGAGCUCUUGUAUGCCAAUCAAAAAACCAAAAUAAGACAGACAAGCAGCUAGAGAGAGUUUAACAGUGUCAACAGUUUGUAUUUGAUGCUGCUGUGAUACCGCAAUUCAAGUUUUCUAUGCCUGAUAAUAGAUCAUUAGUCACACACAAUAACCUCCUUUCAGCACAAUAUUUCUGUUUUUGUAACUGUCCCUGUCUUUACAGGAUAUUUAUUGUAAAAUACUGUAUAUGCAAACAACCUAAAGGUUGCGGAUGUUUAUUAUACAUUACAUUGCUAUGGUUACUCCUCAAUCAUUUUCUUAUGUCACAGAAAGCUAUUAUUUUGCACCGAGCGUUCUUUCUGUAACAGCUGUGCGGCAGAUUAACAAGCGAGCGAGGAAACACAUCGUUCCUGUCUGUUUUAAGGCCCACAAUCACAAGUGCUUCCAGCAAGGGAUUGAAUAAAAUCGGAGUCCAAUUCUAUGACUCUCCAA